UCGCAUGUGCAGGGAUUUGGUGGCAGCAGGGAGUCCUUGACUAGGUAUCCUAGAGCAUCAGGAAAUCUCUAUCCUACUCACACGCACGCGCGAGAUUGCCUUUUUCCAUCUCCGGUUUGAAUAAAAGCAGGCGCGAACAGGGGUCAGCGAACCCGACAUCAGAACUAGAGGCUUGCGGCGGCUGUUUCAACCCGGAAAGUUUAGGCAGACGUCCCAGUCUCCCGACUUCCGGUUCCGGUUUUUGGGCCCUGUCUGGCGGCCUUCACUAUGGAAGAACCAGAGAUGCAGCUGAAGGGGAAGAAAGUCACAGACAAGUUCACUGAGAGUGUCUAUGUCCUGGCCAACGAGCCAUCAGUGGCCCUGUACCGGCUACAGGAACAUGUGCGCCGCUCACUGCCGGAGCUGGCCCAGCACAAGGCUGACAUGCAGAGGUGGGAGGAGCAGAGCCAAGGUGCCAUAUACACCGUGGAGUAUGCCUGCAGUGCUGUGAAGAGCCUCGUGGACAGCAGUGUGUAUUUCCGUAGUGUGGAAGGCCUGCUCAAACAGGCCAUCAGUAUCCGGGACCACAUGAACACCAGCGCUCAGGGCCACAGGUAGCCUCAGCCACCUGUCCCCACCCAGCCCCUGUCACCACCCUAACCAGUGAGCUGUCCGGGUGUUCUUUGGUAUCUGUGGCACAAAUAUCCUGUAACCCAGCUGCAUGUGAGGAAAACAGCGGUGCCUGAUUGACAGGCUCACAGGAACAAUGGCCAAGAAACACAGGUCAAGGAGCAGUCUCCUGGCAUCCUCAGGAAUAUGACCAGAGCAAAGCCCUGAGGCUGGCACUCUGGGCCUGUAAAAAGAGCAAGAGGAAUAAUUCAGUGGGAAGUUGAGGUUGGUGGGGAACUGGGCUUUACACCCUGCCCUGCUGUGGCUUCUCCAGCUGAGUACCUGCUAUCCUUGGAUUUUUUAUGUGUUGGUUAUAACUCAAUAAACACAGGCAACCUGCACCA